CAUUCAAGUCAUGCCUACUCUCAAAGCAAACGACGGAGUGCACUUGCACUAUGCCACACACGGCUUUAGUAGCAGUCCUCCGUUAGUCCUGCUCCACGGCUUCACAGGCUCGGGGCAAGUGUUCAAACGGAACGUCGCUGGAUUCGCAAAAAAGUACCAUGUCAUUGUCCCUGAUCUACGCGGACAUGGCGAGUCUGAAAAGCCACGUGCUGGGUACCACGUCGCACGUCUGGCACUGGAUCUCAGCAAUCUGAUCGAGCACUUGCAAUUGCCGAAAGGCCAAAUAUCAGCAAUCGGCACAAGUCUCGGGGCGGCAAUCAUCUGGUCAUACUGUGAGCUUUUCAGCUCGAAGGCGUUCUCCCACGUCAUCUACGUCGACCAAGCACCUUUGCAAAACUACCUCUCAGACUGGGGCCCGGAGUAUGGAAAUCGUGGCCUCAACAACCCGCAAGCACUAGGAGGGCUGCAACGCACGCUCGAAAGCGAUCCAAGGACAGCUCAUCUAGGAACCAUCGCCGCUUGUCUAGGCUACAGGUCGCACCCUCAACCUAGCGACUCUACUCAAGACUCCAAAGAAUGGCAAGACGAUGAAGAAUUCUUCCUGACCGAAGCACUGAAGGGCGAUGGCUGGUGGUACGGCAAGCUUAUGGCCGAUCACACAGCGCUCGACUGGCGGGACGCAAUCAAGCAGAGCUUUGGACCGGGGAGUGGGAGCACGACGAAGACGCUUGUUGUUGCGAGCACGAGGAGUGGGUGUUUCCCUGCUGCUGGGCCGUUGAAGGUUGUUGAGUUGGCGAAUGGAGGGACGGAGGGUGGGCAUGCGAGCGGGGUUGCGGUGGGGUGGGGCGGGCAUUGGUGUUAUUGGGAGAAGCCGGAGAAGUUCAACGAGUUGGUCUUUGAUUUCUUGUCGAAGUAGUAUGGGCAGACACAAACAGCACCUGCAGUGCCGCAUGCCCGGUCAUCUACUUGGGUAGCUAUUCCUCGCACCUGCUGCUUUGGGAGAAGACCGAGUCGUAAUUACCCAGUGGGGAAAAGCUUUGUUUACUGAGAAGCCAGACCGAGAUCUCUUCCCUCGAGUAGCUUGUGACUCCAGUUCCUGGCCUUCCUUUACCUUCAGCCUUGC